UUGCCAACCGAUUUGUACCCCUAUAUUUAUCCACACACCCUUCGCCUCUUCCCUCGAUCGCUCUUCAUCUCAUUAACAACGUAGUUUAGCAAUUAUUUAGCUACAAUAUAUCGCGAACAUGAAGAUCCCAAUAAUACUCGUACUUUUUCUAUUUUGGUACUACUUCGAAUUCGCCUACUCGCAGAGUUACAAUGCGAUCUUUAGCUUCGGGGACUCGAUGUCCGACACGGGCAACCUGUGCGUCAACGGGAACCCGUCGUCGAUCACCAUGGCGCAGCCGCCUUACGGCGAGACCUUCUUCGGCAAGCCGACGUGUCGCAGCUCCAACGGUCGCCUCGUCAUAGAUUUUCUCGCGGAGGCGUUCAGUCUGCCGCUGCUGCCGCCGUCGAAGGCGAGCGGAUCAGACUUCGGUAAGGGCGCGAACAUGGCGAUUAUCGGCGCCACCGCGUCGGAUUCUUCGUUCCUCCAGUCGAUCGGGCUCGGAAGCAAGAUAUGGAAUAAUGGACCCUUCGACACGCAGAUUCAGUGGUUCCAGCAACUAAUGCCCACUUUUUGCACCAGCUCACAAGACUGCCAGGACUAUUUGAGUAAAUCCUUGUUCGUAGUCGGAGAACUCGGCGGAAACGAUUAUAACGCCGCCUUGUUUGCCGGCUGGAGCCCCGACAAGACGAGCACCUACACACCUCAAGUAGUCCAGUAUAUAUACAACGGUGUAGAGAAAUUGAUCGGAUUAGGUGCGGUGGAUAUCGUCGUGCCCGGGGUUCUACCCAUAGGGUGUUUUCCUAUCUACUUAACAAUUUUUCAAAGCUCUAACCAAGGCGAUUACGAUCAAAUUGGUUGCUUAAAAAAGUUCAAUGAUUUAUCCUCCUAUCAUAAUAAACUGCUCAAACAAGCACUAUCAAAGCUUCAAAGCAAAUACUCUUCAACGAGGAUUAUGUACGGAGAUUAUUACGAUCAGGUGUAUCAAAUGGUGCAGAGCCCUCAAAGCUUCGGACUCACAUAUAGCCUAAAGGUGUGCUGCGGCGCGAGCGGUCAGAGUUCGUACAACUACAACAACGACGCGCGGUGCGGCAUGUCGGGGGCCAGCGCCUGCCCCGACCCCCAGGACUACCUGAGCUGGGACGGAAUCCACUUAACCGAAACCGCGUAUCAGUCCAUAGCCAACGGGUGGCUCAAAGGUCCCUACAGCAAUCCUGCAAUUCUCCAUUAAGACCAAAUUUGCACCCAUUACGUACUAAUAUUCCAUGAAGGUGUAACAUACAUAUUUACAUGUUCUUAGCAUUAUUGGAUAUAAUGAUAAGCUGAAAAGAGUGAGAAUAAAUUUCUGCAGAUUUGUUUACCAGGAAUGACCAGUUGUGCACCGUAGAUGACCCCAGCAAGUGUGAUUAUAGUUGGCAUAAGUAUAACCCAGCAAGUUUGUAUCAGUUCUCAAGUGUGGUCCGAGUUUCUGUAAUUUUGAAACUCGUAUUUGUUUGUAUCGGCGUCGUCGCGCUUGUAAUUCCCUGAAAUUUUAAGUGUAUUUGAGCAAAUUGUCCCUGUUGGUUACUCUGAUUUUUCCUAUUUAAUAAGUAAUGCAUGGGCAAUUGGAUGGUUUUA